UGUACUGUAGUGCAAAGUUUGUGCAAAUUUUUCAUUGUUUUUUUUCUCCAACUCUAUGAAUGUCGACGUACAAUACUUAGCAAUAACAUAGUAUCUUUAUUGGUUUUCACUGUGCGAAGUUCUUAUGAUUUCUUCUUCAUGGAAGUUAUGUUUUUACGUUCUUGGGAUGGUUACUGUAGCUUAUUCACAUGAAAGUAAUAGUGAAGAGUUUCAUUGCUCUAGGGAAGGAUCAAGAGUAGUUAGAAGUACACUUAGAAAGGAUUUUUUUCCUGUUUAUGAACAACACAACUUAGACCCUAACAAAGCAUGUCCACUCCAUGAAGACCAUGAUGUCUUCAUCAAGCAAGAACUUAACAGGAUAGAGGAACACCAGUCAAGAUGGAGAUGUGAUGUUUGUGGAAAGGUCUUUUAUGGAGAGCAAUAUCUAGAUAUGCACUUUGAUAACAAGCAUCAAGACCUUCUUGUUAAAGAAUCCCCUGUUUGCCUAGCGGAYUACUGCGAUGUUUUCCGAUGUGACUUCUUGAUGGACUACAGGAGGGAUACSUUCUGGGAGAAAUCUCUAUGCAGAGAGGAAAAAAUGGCUCUUCUUAGAAAAAGAUGUGAAAAAUUAAUGCAUAGUUGUCUGCCAAAUGGUAACUUAUUGAAUAACACAGAAUAUCAUAUCUAUGAAUCUACACAAAACAAUAUCUGCUCUUUGUUGACCUGCAAAAAUUACUGGAAACCACCACACGAUGAGAUUUCAACAUUCAAGAUCAUUUUGUAUGCAGUUUUUACACCAUUUUUUGCUGUUGGUUUGAUUAUUUAUUAUUACUCAGCAUAUGAAUAUUACUUUGGAGACCUUUUUAAAGAUAGUGAAUCAGAGAUGGAGCAACAUAGUGAACAACAUGUAAGAACCUGGCAAAGAGGAGGAGAAUUACGCAAUCGUUAUCGUUCUGAAAGACUUCAUAUGUACUAAUGUGUAAGGACUGUAUAAUGGUUUGAAUAGCUGCUGGGAACAAGUAAUAUAAUUACUAAAUAUAGAGAAAACAAAUGKCACAGAACAAUAAUACAGUACAAGGACAAGACAUUAUAGAACAGAUGAACAAUGAAUUGCAAGAUGACACAAACACAAGCAUACAAAAACAUUCAAAAAUAAUUUCUUAAAUCAAACAAAAGUAAUGUACAAUUUAGCCUGCGUGAAGGCGUUCCUUGUUUGGUGCUGAGCAAAGAAUUGGUUUUGGCUCAGACUCUUACCCAGUCUUAGUCUGUGUCACAUUCGGACAAAUGACAGUUACAUGUAACCGUCGUUUGUCCGGAUGUGACAGUCUAACCAGUCGUUUCUCUUGCUCUUUUAAUGGGUCACAUUGCAUCAAAGAAAGCCUGAACUCGCAGCAAGAAAUGUCGUUACUUUUUCUUUUUACUUCCAUUGAUCCUUUGUGUUUGGGGAGAGAAACAAACCAAAUCCAAACAAAAAAAAAGAAGACAUUUUGCAAUAAAAUUCACAAUGUACAUACUAUUGUAGUCAAAUAAAUAUUACGAUUUUAUUAUGAUA